AUGUCGAACGGCAUGGGAUUUCAGGAGCAGCAUUCGAACCACAACGCAGCAACGAUGAUGCGCGGGAAUGUCUCCAUGACCCAAAAACAAAUCGAAACUCUGAUGAUACAAAUUGCUGCUUACGAAACCCUCUCUGAACAAGUCACUGAGAAGUACUGGGCACACCGUGCCGCUCACCAAGCUCCUCCUCAAGUGACUUCAGAGGUGGUUAAGCCGGUAAAUAUGUAUGGAGGAGACACAUCAAAGGGAAUAUUUAACAUGAAGCCGAGGUGGACUCCAACAACUGAGCAGCUUCAGAUCAUGGAGAAAAUAUUUAAGCAGAAUAAGCGUGCUCGGUCCAAGAAAAAACAGCCCAAUGCGGUUAUUGCAAAUAAUGUUAACACUAAUGGCCGGUUGACAUCAGGAGAUAGCCGCUAUCAAAUGAAAUAA